UUUUUAUAUAUUUUUUUUGUCAUCGUAAUUUGGAUUUUUAUAAUUUUAACUAAAACUCCACAAAAAAUUAUUUUAAAUUAUAAUAUUUUUUUAAAAAAUGCUAUUUAAAUAAUUUAUGUAUCAGUAAAAUUAAAUAUAUUUUAAAAUUAUAAGUUCAGUAACAUUUAUUUUUGAAGAAAUCAUGUUUAGGUGACAUAAGAUUAGUAAUUUUAAUGCAAAUCACUUAAACCCCCAUAAAUCACCACCCCCCUUAUAGCUCUUGCUGUAUUCUCUUGACAUAAGUUUAGUUGUGUUUAAGAAUUAAACAAAUUUGUAAUUCAAAUUUUUCUUUUAAAAUGUACAUCCAGUGGUUGCUCUUUUUUAUUCAUUUGUGAUUUGUGUAGAGAAUUCUUAUUUUUUAGUGCAGAUGUUCAACAAUAUGCAUUGUGCAAAUUUGAACACGGAUGAUACAUUGAUAAUACAUCAACAGCACUAAUACAAGCUGUAAACUACAUUUUAAGUUGUAUGUGUCAAUAAACUAACUAUCAUAUACUCUUACAAAAAAUUUUAACUAUCAUAUAGAUUUUAGAAAUGGGAAAUAUAUAUGUCAGUGGCCGGCCGGCCCAGUUUAUAUUAUCAUUCAUCAAGACUACUAAUAUGGCUAUGGUUGAAAACUUGAAGACACGUCCCAAAUGAGAACCAGCAUGUAAUAGAACAUUUCAACAUAAAUUCAUAUAUAAUAUCAACAAUUUGAAAAAGAAAAAUAUAUAACAUCUGUGAAAUUUUCUUCGUAUGAUCAGUCAACUCCACCAAAGUCAACUAAAUUUGUAUUAAUAGUACACCAACGGUUAUUGCAUAUUUACAAACAGCUCCAUCGAUCACAAACACCAAGAAGAUCAAAAACUGAUAUCGGUUCAACCCCAAAACAGCAAGUGAGAUGUCAAAGCCGCACACGAUUCAGCGUUUCACGCAUAACCAUCCCUUGACCGAAGCCAACGGAGUUGGCACAUACACGUGCAAUGGUUGCAAACUUCACGGUCACGGCAAGACCUACCGGUGCAAUGACUGCGACUACGACCUCCAUGAAUAUUGCGCCACGUGUCCUCCAACCCUCAUAAAAACAUGGCACGCGCCUGAUCAUGAGCUAACCCUGGUCACCGGUCCUGCCCACAUGACCGAGCGUGUGUGCUAUUUUUGCCGAUUUUACAUCCAAGGGAUGUUCUACAAGUGUAAGCACUGUAAUUUUGAAUCUCACCCGCUUUGCACACACGGUCUAAUGCAUGUUUCGUCUCCUGAUGCAACGGAAACGAGGCAGAGAAGCCUGCAUAGCCCUCAUGCGGGGCAGCCAUCGUCGCCGCACCACUAUGGUCAAGGAAACCCCUAUGGUUAUGGGCAACAUCCUCAUGGUGGUGGUCAUCAUCAGCAGCAUCCCCACAUGAGCCCGGGCUCUCCAAGAGCAAGCCCAAGUCCAGAUUCAAGCAAGGGAAAAAAGAAAAACGGAGGAUUUAUGGGAGCCUUAAAGGCUGUGGUAGCUGUAACUGCUACGGUAGCAACCCAGUUGGCCGUUGCCACGGUGGCGGAUGAGUAUACUGGAACUGGAUGAAGAAUAUUUUGAUGAUGAAGUUUUACUUGCUGGUGUGUCUUAACUUUUCGGUGUUGUUUUUCAUUACAUGCAGAGAUAUAUGUAUGUGUCUCAGUUUCACAUAAUCGCAUGAUUGCAAAUUUCUGUGUCAUUGAUGUCGAUAUUGGUUUAAAGAAAUCAAAGCUGAAAUUUUCUAUACGAAAAGAUCUCAACUACAAAGACAUACUUAAAAAAUCAAAAAAAAAAAAAAAUCCAAGAAAGAAUCUAUUUGUCAGCUUAUAUAUGAUUUGAUUGUAAAGGUACUUGAGUUCCAUCUCAAAAUCGGCUAGACAAAAUAUGUGAUUAAUAAUAUCACCAGUUCAUCUCUACAAUGCACAUCUUGAGGUAUGUAUUUGGUAUUAUAAAUCUGAUAUAAUUCUAGAAGAAUCUCUUUGUCAGUAUAUGAUUGUAAAGGUAAUUGAGUUCCAUCAAAAAUCGGUUAGAGAAAGAGAAGAAUCAGUUAUGAUUCUUAAUAA